AUAGGAUGAUCUACUGCACAACAUCAUGGCCUGCUUGAAACUGACAAUGACAUUGAUUAUUUUAAUGUCAGUUAUUUUUUUAUUGUCUCUUAAGACUGGAUUUUGCAUGAAACAGACUGGCACUUGUAGGCCUAUUUGUACUGGCAACGACUGCAUAACUAUUAACCAAGACAGAGUGGAUUUUAAAGCAGCUGAGGAAGCAUGCCGUGAAAGGAAUGGAGAAAUAAUGACACUUCAUUAUGAGACAGAUGAGAGCAUCCUUGAUACUUUGAGUCAGGAAUUGUUUGGAGACUUCUGGAUCGGACUGCGUUUACCAGCUGGCGCCUGUAGCAACCUUUCAGCUCCACUCAGAGGCUAUGAGUGGACCUCUGGUAGCCCACACAGGAGCUUUAUUCCAUCCCUCAGCACCUGGAAAGACAGCUUUAAAGUCUGCUCUCCACGCUGCGUGUCACUUUCAAACGAUCAAAAGUGGACAGAGCGACUGUGCUCGGACAGGACUGAUGGAUAUCUGUGCAGAACAAAGCACAAAGAUGCAUGCCAGGCACAAGAAUUAUCAGAUCCCAUUUUUUUCCAAAGCUCUGAAGGCUGCUCAACAGGCCCUUGUCAGCAUGAUUGCAAGGAUGUAAAAGGAGGUUAUGAAUGCUCUUGUUUCCAAGGAUAUAUAGCAGACAGAAAUGACAGGAAACAGUGCAAAUUGCACUGUGACAAACCGACAUGUCCUAUGGUAUGUGAAGGAACCAGUGAUAUUGCAUGCACCUGUGCUGAUGGCUAUAUACAGAAUGGUAACGUCUGUGUGGCGAUUGAUGAAUGUGUAGAGAUGGACUGUGUAAAAAUACCUCUGGACGAUUCAAAAUCCAUCAAAGCAGAGUCGAGUGAGAGUUUUAACAUCACAACUCCUGUCACCGAAGGUUCUGUUAAUCCCACUGCCAAUAAUAGUACUCAGACGACUUAUCCAGUAGCUGCUGGGGGUUUUCUCUGGAUAUUGAUUUUUGUACCUGUGGCUGUGGUAGUGGUUAUAAUUGUGGUAAGGCUUUAUGUUGUUAAGCGUCAGAAGCGAAGAGAACAAAACUCCAAUCAGUCUAUUGCUGCUGCUCCUAUGGACAAUAUUUAGUGUUAUCACUGAUUCCACUGGCCUUUUGACACUUAUAGUUUGGGGGAGUUGCAUAUCGUGAACUGUUUUAAGGUUGAAGGAAAUAUGUUAAUAUGAAUACGUUUAAAAAACAUGUAGGCUAGUAUGAAUGGAUUUAGCCUAUCAUUUUCUUAUAUGCAUAAUUACAUAAUAAAAAGCAGCGAUAAAGGGAAAACACAAUUCAAAAGUCAACUCAUAAUUUUAUUUGGGUUAAGUGCAUGACUAUAAAUGUAAGCAAUUUAAUGUAAAUGUAAUAUACAGCGAAUAUUUCAAUGUUGUGGGUGUUUCCAAGUGGACCUGAGAGGUCAUUUUGAUAUACUGCUGGGUAGUUAUAAUAUCAUGAAUGUUCUCAUUUUAUGACCUUAGCAAGCAUUUUGUAAGUAGAAUGUUCAUCUGCAAAGCAACUAUAAAGUGAAACUCUCAGAUAAAUGUACACCAGCUGAGUAAAAAGUAUACUAUGUCCCUCUGAAAUGGACCUGAGGAGAGGACAAAUCUCAUAAACUGGAAAUCCUUGAGGAAAGUGCCAGUUCCCUAAAAUUUUGUAUACAAUACCUGAGUAAAUGUGCUGUGUUCUUUUCAACACUGGCUUUAAAAAAAAUAAAAUAAAUAAAGUAACCAUUCAUAUGUGUGUAAAUGCAUGGAACAGUAAAAGAGUGAAAAUGGUCUUUGAUAUGGAACACCAGAGCCUGACUUCACGUGUCAUUUUGUGAUCAUUAAUGUGAUGUUAUGCAAUUAAAA